AUGAAAGCAUCAGUCGUCGUCGUCGUCGUCGUCGUCAUUUUCGUCGUCGGCGGCACGAUCACCGGUUGGAGCAGUUCUGGAUCAAGCCAUGGCGAGACAAAGGCUGCUCGCAGCCGAAGCCAGGCCAUCCGCCUGGAGCCCGGCGGCAUGGCGCCGAGCACGUCGACGCGCAUCGCGCAGAGCGUCCGUCGAUCCGCGCGGAGCAUCGCACAGACAGCGGCGGCCUCUGCCGUCGCGGUGGGGCUCUGGUUCGCUCUGUUCUCGAUGCGCAUCUUCUUCGUGCCGGGCUGGACCCGGUACGUGCCCGUGGUCUCGCCGGUCUUCGGCUCCGGGCCGCACUGGGCGAGCUCGCGGCGGUCCGCGCUGGCGAUCCUCGGCCACGUCGCCUUCGGCAUCGCGACGCUGGUCUGCGGCUUCCUGCAGUUCGACAAGUCCCUGCGCUCGUCGAGGCCGCGCGUGCACCGCUGGACGGGCCGGCUCUACGUCCUCUGCGGCCUGCUCAUGGUGGCCACGCUGCAGCCGCUGCGCGCGCGGAGCGGCGGCUUCGCCCGGCGGGGCGACGGCCCGAGCCGAGCCAUGGGGGCCUUCAUCGACCUCGCGUCGCUGGCGUGGCUGGCCUCGACGGGCAUGGCGGUGUACCAGGCGGCCCUCCGCCGCGACUUCCAGGCGCACCGCAGGUGGGCGGUGACGAGUCUGGGGGUGGCGCUGACGCCGCUGGCGCAGCGCUUCACCCUGCUCGUGACGGUGCCGGCCUGCAUGUGUGCCAGGAUCAUGGUUGACGCCGUCGUGCACGGCAUCCCCUUCUGGCAGUCGGCGUGGGGCGAGGCUCCGGCGACAUGGACAGGCGCUCCCCUGGCGCCGCGGGUGCUGAGCCUGGAGGGCUACGGGGUCGCCGAGAACGCCGGCUUCGCCUUCUCGGCCUGGGCUGGGCUGUGCGAGACGCUGCUCUUCGCGUACCUGGUGGCGUGGUCGGCGGAGGCCGACACUGGGCGAGAACCGCGAACGUCCACUGCGGAGUCGGACGGCGAGGGUGGGAAAGCUGUGCCCGAAGCGGGUGGCCUACUCGUCACCUUCGACCUCAACAUCGGGGACUCCUUGAGAGCGUUCUUGUCGGAUCACCUGGUCAAGCACGUGGGCAUUGACGUUAAGGGUUGCGCCGAAGCGCGUCUUGGCCACCUCACUCGCUCCACAGUUUCACCCUGCGGUGCGACGCAGUCGAUGGGCACGCGGCUCCGCAGGUGCGCCGAGGCUCUGCUUGUCUCCGCCGUGGUGGCCGCAAGUGUGGCCCUGGCCGUGUGCCUCACGUCAGUUGCCACCGCCGUCAUGGGAGUCAUGACGGUGUUCAUGUUCCUCACCUGGGGAUUGCUUGUCGCGGUUCCCGUCUACGUGGCCCAGUCUCGGCUCCCGGCCGCUGCAGGAAUCAUCACGUGA